UGGUUGGAUUAAAUUUUUGUAAUUACUUUUUGGAAAUUAUAUGCAAAAGGAAGGAACGCAAACUAUUUAAUUGAAUGGAUGAUGAGGCAUAUUGAAUUUGUGAAUUAAAAUAACGAAGUAUUAAUAGAGCAAAGGUUCCAAACUAACUGAGUUGUGAAAUAUAUAACUGGAUUUAUAAGGAUGGUAAAGUUUUUCUGCUCGGAGAAUCGUAAGUGUGAGGAAACACGGGGACAUCUCAACACCACGGAACAAGAGUCAAAUUGGACUUCAUUAGAACACCUCUUAAGAGUAUUUUCAUUUCGAAAGAUAAUUGUUUAUGCACGCACUCAUGGUGCCGUCAUAGCUGAAGGAAUAUUCGACCUAAACCCGUUUAAGAAACGACCCAUGAUAAUUUCCGGAAAUUGGUUUACCAUGCAUGUCUUCCAAACUCUAAAUUUUGGGGAGACAGUUGUAAAGGUGCUACUGGAACGGAUACUGCUGGAAAUGAUUGAGAAACAUAAGGGUCUGACGAACGAUGGAUCUCUACAUUUUGUUUCCGGUUUGACAGUUCUCGAGGAUCAGUGGUUUUCAAACUCAAUAAACGAUCGAGGAACCCGUCUGUUAUCAUCAACCUGAUGAAGGAUACCAUCAGACGCAAGAGUCUGCAACUGUGGUCUAGAUGUUUCCUGAAAAGCGGUUAACCUACUCAUCGUGUUUAAACCCAUCCUACGUCUCCAGUCCACACUGUGAUUGUCAUAUCCAUGGAAGCUGAAUUCAGGUUGAUCAGUCGUACCACCUACACUUUUUGGUAAUUUCAAAGGCCACGGAUUAUCUAAACCUUGCUUAGGGAAACCUGACUCACGGCCCAAUUGGUUUGGAAACAUGGAAUCCCUAACACCUCCUAUGGCACCUUCGACUGGAUCGGGGGAAAUUAAAUCCGCCGUUGCAAAAUCAAGUACUCCUGGAUGACUGGACUGUGAACGAGGCAUAAAAUUACCUCUGACCGAAACGUUAUCUGGCCUAGUCGAAUUAGGAUUAAAAUUGGAGAACGAACUGUUUCGAGGAACGGAAUCCGAAAUUCGACCCGUGGACAUAACCGGUGGACCAGUAGAUAACGAAAACUGAGGAUACAUUAUUGAAGUAUUUACAAGAGAACUGGUUACUAAAGGUACCGAUUGGGUUUUCGCCGAAUUCCUAGAAAUGGGAUCAUUUUUUUUUUUCGGUAUCGUUCCUGUAUCCAAUCCUGAAGCCGAAGACAUCGAAAUAUUAAAGUUUUCCAACUGCGAAGUAGUCACUGGUAAAUCGGUCCAAGUAAUUCUUAAAGAAUUAACAUCGGAUGUUGCUGCAGAGGAAGUUUGUUCCAGUAAAUCAGAUUCGACCCUACUAGGUGGAAUAACUUGCAUCACUGGAUGGCUCUGAACGGCUUCUUGGAAAUCGACAGCAAAGUAUCGUCGGCCCAAUCGAUCGAUCAAAUCUAACAACAAUUUCUGAUUUUCAAUCUGCUCUGCGGUUUGGGGUAGAUAUCGACGAAUACGCUUGUGGUAGUGCACUAAUCGCGAUAAACAUUCUGGAGCCGGGCCAUUGUUAAGGUUUUCUCCAAUUCUCUCCAAUUUACUCGGAACCUCUAAGUAAUCCGUAACUAAAGUGUAACUAGAGACAUGAGUCUGAUUUGAGGCUUCAUCUUUUCUCAUCAACGCUCUUAAAUCCCGUCGUUUCAUUUCUAAUGAACCUUCACAUGGCUGAGAUCGAAUGCUCAGCUCAUAGUUCACCUCAUCCUCUUCUAGGUCUUUAACGUUUAUAGUGUAAAAGUCCAUAUUGAGCAGAAAACAAAAUUGAGUAUUGUAUGUAAAUAGGUAAAUAGAAAGCUUAAUAAUAAUAAUAAUUCCAAUUUAGUUUGAA